AUGAUAUCUUGUAAUAAAUUUAGAAAUCAUAAAAAUUUACCUGUUUUUGUUUAUUUGUUUAAUAAUAAGUUUUUUAGAUAAACAAAAUAAUUAAUAGCCAAGAAUAAUAAAGGAAAUAGUAUUAGUUGUAGUAGUAGUAGUUUGGAGAAAUUCAUCUAAUAUAUGCGUUUAUUAAAUUAAGCUAAAAUUGUAGCCUUAGCUGUAUCCUUAUAAAUAAUUUGUAUUUUACACGUGAAAUGUCAUGAUGGCUCAAAAUAAGAAAUACCAUUCUCAUCUUAAGUUUACUAGAUAUCAGGAUUUGUUUUAGUACCAAAUAAAAAUAUUUUAAUUUUGAGCUGUUACAAUUCUGAAGUGAAUUCUAAUACUUUAAUCAAGUAUCUUAACUUACAGGAUACUUCUAAUAAAUUAAUAUAUGAAUUUAAGCUGCAUUUUGAUGUAAAAACAAUGAAUUAUUUAGAAGAUACAAAUAGCAUUUUAGUCAGUAGCAACUAAAAAUUAAUAUUAGUCGAUCCUUAUAGCUUUUCAUAAAUUUUAGCUGUUUAAAUACCUGAAUUAAACUAUUUUGAUAGAAUUGAAAAUACAGAAUAUGCAAUUGCUACUUCUAUUUAUAAAUUGUAUGUGUUAAGGAUUAAUAGUUUAGAAAUAAUCAAAUAAUUCGAAAUUAAAUAUCAGAAAUUAGACUUCAGCUAUUUUUAUUAUAAUUAAUAUUUUAUAUUUCAAAAUGGAGAAACUAGUACUUAUGUAUAGUCUUAUAAUGGAAUAUCUCAAUAGGAUUAAACUAAAGAAAAUAUCAUCUUUUAAUAAAUUCAUAAAACAUCUUAAAGUGCAAGUAAGAACCGCUAUGCAGAUAAAGUUUAAAUUAUUCCAUAAAAUUAUGACAUACUAGUAUGUGGAGAUUCAAGUAUAGAUAUUUUAUAUGUUUAGGUCAAAGAAGAUAAAAAUGGUGAGCUUUAAAUUCUCAAUCAAAAAAAAAAUAUAGAUUUGACUUUUGAACUAAGACGUGAUUCUGAUUUCAGCUAUUGUUUAGAUUAAUUGCCUAUGUCCUGCUCUCUUUGCCCAUCUGGAUAUAAAAUGAACAGAUCAUAUUGCUUUCAAAAGUGCACUGAGAGUACGAACUAAUUGGUUAACAGAAUUAAUAAAAGAUAGCUUUAGUCUGUUUGUGGUAAUGGAUUUUAUUUGAAUGGAUCAAUAUGUACAGCAUGUCAUACUUCUUGUUAGACAUGUAGUGCUGGCACAAGCAAUGAUUGUUUAUCUUGCCCAUCUAAUUUAUUUUUCAAAUAUGGAUAGUGCGUUGUAACAUGCGGCACACCCUUUACUUUAACUGUAGUUAACUAUUUAGGUUAAACUGUUCAAAUUUGCAGUUCAUGUAAUAAUGGUUUUUAUUUGUAGAACUCUAUCUGUGUUACAUCAUGCCAAGUUGGAUUUUAUUUAAAUAAAUAUUUAUUCUAGUGCUCUUUAUGCGAUAAUUCAUGUUAUACAUGUGCUGCAGGCACAAAUAAUGAUUGCUUAACUUGUCCAGCUGGUUAAAAAUUUAAAUAUGGGCAAUGUGUUGCUAAUUGUGAUACUAACUAAAUAAUUUAAACAACAGUAAAUAGCUCAGGUUAAACAGUUUAAUCAUGCUUAAAUUGUCAUUUAUCAUGCAAAACUUGCUUUGGAGUCGAUCAAUACUCUUGUACUACUUGCAAUAACUUUUACUAUGAGCUAAAUACAACCCCAAAAUAAUGUGUUUAAUAUUGUGAAAGUAACCAGUAUUUAGUUCUUGUGUCACCAGCAACAAAUAUUUACACAUGUUAAAAGUGCCUUUGCGACUCUUGUGAUGCUCAGGGUAACUGUUUAUUGUGCCCUUUAGGAAUGUAUUAUGAUUAUACUAAACCACCAACUAAUCCUUGUGUAACAACAUGUACCAUUCCUGGUACAUACAAUGAUGACGACAACAGAACUUGCACCAAAUGUUAUGAUAAUUGCUUAGUUUGUGACUCAGAUACUCCAAAUGGGUGUAAGGUUUGCAUUAAUGGGUACUAACUGGCUCUAGGUUAGUAAUGCAUUCCAAUAAUAACGUGCGGUCCUAAGUAGUGGUUUGAUGGCUUGCAGUGCGUUAACUGUAUAGACAAUUGUGACAUUUGCUUUGCUUCAGACACUUGUUCUCAAUGCAAUAAAGGGUAUGCAUAUAAUACUUAUACUUAAAAAUGUGAAUAUUUGCUCAUUAAAUAAUGUCCUAUUGGAUAUUAUUUUGAUUCUAAUUUAAUGAAGCAAUGUGUCUAGUGUCCUAGUAAUUGUUUAAGUUGUAGUAGUGCUAAUAAAUGCAAUUAAUAUAAAAUUUAAUGCCAUUAUACUUGCCAAGAUUGCUUUGGAACUACAGAUAAUGCUUGCUCUAUAUGCCCAUAAAAUAGGAAUAUGAAUAGCUAUUUUGUUGAUAAAAAUGUUGGAAUGUGUAGAUGUUCCGAUGGAUACUCAGACUAUGGAAGCACCUUAUGCAAAAAAUCAAAUGCAGAAUAAAUUUAAUACGUAGCUACUGGCGUUGAGUUGAUACUCUAAAGCAUACUUUCUUCGUUUUUGUCGAUAGUCUCUUUCUCUUCAAUAUAUUUCUAAAUAGGUUCAGAUUAUUCACAAUAUUUAGGAUAAUUUUCAUAUCUGAAAAGACACAACUUAUUAGGACUUGAUAGAACGUUAUAAAAUUUCAGGUAUUAUAACUUUAAUUUACUGCUCAGAGCAACUUUUGGAUAUCCUCACUAUGAAUCUUAGAAAAGAAUGCUAUACUAAUCAACUACAGCUAUUAGGAGCCGCUAUGUUACUAAAAUUGAACAGAUUCAUUAAAGUUAUAGUUUCUUCACUUCAUGCUUUUCAAUUAUCAUCCUUGAUUUAGUUUUUGCAGCAAUAAUGGUUAUCAGUAGAUAUUUUAAGACUUCAGCUGAUGAUAUGCCAUAAGCACUUUAGGAUUAGCAUCAAACAAAAUGGAAAAUAAUAAGUUAUUUUUAACUUUUUAUUCCAUCGUAUGUAUUUUCUUUCACUGUAUAAGAAUUAAGUUUAUGCAUUUUCAUGCAAUUUCAUUUAUUUAAUUCUUCUAGCAACGAUUCAUUCUAAGAGGUAGGCUUGACAUUCGCUAUUAUAUUUUUCCUGCUAAUGAUUGCAAUAAUAGGCUACUAGUUGAUUUUUCUUCCAAAGAAAAAUUUAAAAGAUAGUUUAAUGAUUUAAUCCUAUUUUCAGUUAGUAAAGAAAGACUAAAGCUUCUUUGCAGCUCGUUUAUACGGAAUUUAAAAUGCAAAAAAAGUAUUCUAUAGCUUUUUAAUUGUAGUAGCUUAUGAAUAACCUCUUGUUCCCAUUAUUUUUAUGUUUUUUGGUGAAAUAGUUUACACCUCAUUAAUUAUUUAUUACUAACCUUACUGUCAAAAUGAACUUAAUAUACUAACAACUUUAGUUCAGGCAAUUAUGAUUAUAAUUACAUUAAUAAUGUUUAUAAUGAUUGGACAGUCAGAAAACUCUUCUGUAUAACUAAACGGAGUUUUUGGAAUAGUUGUAAUUUUUAACAGCUUGAUAAUUUUCUACUGCAUUUAUUGCAUAUACUUAUCCAUAGUCAGAUUAAGAGAAAACUAAUUUUUAAGCAGAAUAUUUCCUGAGCAAGUAAAUGCACCAAUUAGUGUUCCUAACUAAGACAUGAGUGCUAUGGAAUAAGAUUAUUUAAAAAAUAAUACUAACUUUAUUUCUUACACAAAUAAUUAUGCAACUCAACUACCUUAAUUUACUGAUUUAAACGAACCUAAAAUUGUUCAAGAUUAUCAAACUCGUAAGAAAAUACUCUCAAACGUUAACAGAAAAAAGCUAAUUAAUUAUGAAGGUAUAAAACAAGAACAUGAAUUGAGCAUAUAAAAUUAGUAGAGAGCAUUAAAAGAUUUACAACUAAAAGGAAAGCUUUAUUAACAAUAAUAAUUGUAAUAAAACUAAGAGUAUUAUAAUUAGCAAAUAGGAUAAGCUUACCAUUAACAAGAAUAAUCAAUCGUUUCUCAAAUUACAAAUACAGCAAAUGUUCAAUACUAAGAAAAUUCUCAGCCGCAUAAUAAAACUUAAAAAAACAAAUUUUUUUAAAAAUAAAAAUAAUAAAUCAAUAAUCAAGAACAAAAAAAUUGA